GUAGGCAUGGUUUACUUGCAGAGCAGUGUAUCGGUGUCAUAGGUUGGUCCACCGAACAUCCAAUGAGUGCUUUCCAACUAGCGUCACCAUCUCUGGUCAUACUGGAUGAGAACGAACGGAUAAUUGUACUCUUAAACUGUGAAUGUCCUCAAGGUCGCUCGUCCUCGGCGCAGCUAUCGUGGGAUGGUGUCGUUUCUGUAGAUAAAUUCCGAGGUUGCCUACUUCAUGCUUGCGAAUCUCUCUGUUGCUUGUUUAUGCACGUCAUAUAGAUAUUACGGACUAGAAAUGCUACUGUGUGCAGUAUAAGGCAAAAUAGAGUUGCACUUUCGGUUGCCCGAGUCCAGUGCAUAGUGUUUGCUGUCGUCCUUCUGUUGCACUUCCCAGAACAACUCGAUAAAUAUGAUCGAAUCACAAGCAUCGGUAUGAAUGCCUCCCGCUUACCACGCUUCGUGUGCUGUGACUGUUCUUGCCAUGUGAUCUACUAACCUAGAACAUGAUCUCUUUGCAUAUACACAGUCAUACACUGGCUACAGCAUUGACCCCCUUGAGCUGUCCCCACGCUUUGUGUACAAUCAUGCAGAUUGUGACUCGGUACAAGCGACAUUGAAAGCUUUCAAU